CUGGGCUCUAUCUUUGUUUUCGACCUAAGGAGCUCAAUUAACAUGGGACGACUUGUACAUCGUUGGGUUGAUGAGGGCUGCACCUCUGGCUCCAGCAUUGCGCUUUCUCCUGCUUCAAAUUGGACCGCUUGUGGUUCUGAUAGUGGUUAUGUAAACCUGUACAAUUUUCAAACUGGCUUCCACCCGGCUACCUCGAAUCCUAAGCCAACACACUCGAUCGGCAAUCUGACUAGCCGAGCUGAUCUGCUUGCCUUUCAUCCUUCCAACGAGUUGCUCUGUUUCGCCUCGUCUGCUCAGAAGGCAGCGAUUCGCCUGGCCAUUUAUCUUCUAACUGUCGCCUUAAAUUGA